AUAUUCUUGGAAAGAGUUAUCUAUUUUUUUUAUGACGAAGUACACAGUUCCGGUUUUCAACCGACCUCCAAAAGUAAGAAAAUGCGAUGUCAAGUAGAUGCUUAUUACGUAGUCUCCGGACUGUUGGUAAACAUGGAAAGGUGCCUCUUCCAAGUAUCAUAGGACUCAUUAAUAGAGCUAGCCUUUCAACGGCAGUGCUCAGGAAAGCACAACACCCACACUACCCAGCCGUAAACAUCAGCUACAAUCCUCAUCGGCAUGUAGCGACUGCUGAGAAGAAAUUUGAGUGUUUCAAUAUCCAAGAUGCUAAGGACUUUCAAACCAGAGUGAUGGAAAACCCUGUGCCUGUAGUUGUUGACUUUCAUGCAACGUGGUGUGGUCCCUGUAAACUCCUUGGACCAAGGCUUGAAGCAAUUAUUUCCAGCAAAGGAGGGCAGGUUGCAUUGGCAAAAGUGGAUGUGGAUGAAAAUGUUGAAAUUGCCAUGGAAUAUUUGGUUGAAUCCUUGCCAACAGUUAUUGGUUUCAAGAAUGGAAGGAAAAUGGAUAAAUUCAUAGGACUGCAGGAAGAUGAUGUAAUCGAUUCAUUUGUGGAAAAACUAGUACACUAAUCAUACCUUAAUGUCCAUAAUUAUAAUACACUCAACAAAAUAAUGUUAAUUGAUUUUUAAGUUUAAUGCCUCUAUCACUGAGGGAAUACCAAGUGGCCUGUAUAAAUACAUUUCACAGCUUGUUGAACCAGUUACUUUAAACAGUCAUCGAACAUUUCUUUUUCAUGUAUGUUACAUGUAUAUUGAAAAUCAUUGAAUUUCUGCAGCCUAAUUUCAUCUUAAUUUCUUACUUGAUUGCAUGAUGGAAUAAGAAUUUAUACUUGUAGGUUGUAUCUAAUGUACAGAGAGUCAUAGAUAUCUAUGAAUAAAGAUACAUAUGAAUAAAUAUUUAUUCAAUUAAA